ACAGAGGCCGCGGAGUGCGGCGAUACUCUGCUCGCGCCCGCGGUGCCGCCACCAUGUCCCUAACGGCCUCGGCUGGCCGGGGCCCGGGGGCCGUGUGGUCCCCAACCCACGUGCAGGUGACGGUGCUGCAGGCGCGGGGCCUGCGGGCCAAGGGCCCCGGGGGCACGAGCGACGCGUACGCGGUGAUCCAGGUGGGCAAGGAGAAGUACGCCACGUCCGUGUCGGAGCGCAGCCUGGGCGCGCCGGUGUGGCGGGAGGAGGCCACCUUCGAGCUGCCGCCGUUGCUGUCCUCCGGGCCGGUGCCGGCCGGCGCCGCCACCCUGCAGCUCACCGUGCUGCACCGCGCGCUGCUCGGCCUCGACAAGUUCCUGGGCCGCGCCGAGGUGGACCUGCGGGAGCUGCACCGCGACCAGGGCCGCAGGAGGACGCAGUGGUACCCCCUGAGGUCCAAGCCGGGGAAGAAGGACAAGGAGCGGGGGGAGAUCGAGGUCGACAUCCAGUUCAUGAGGAACAACAUGACCGCCAGCAUGUUCGACCUGUCCAUGAAGGACAAGUCCCGGAACCCGUUCGGGAAACUGAAGGACAAGCUCAAGGGGCGGAACAAGGACGGCCCGUCCGACACCGUGUCGGCCAUCGUGCCCGCCACGGCGGCUCCGUCUGUGGACAGCGACGACGAGUCCCCCUCCAGGGACAGGAAGAAGAAGUCGAAGAUCAAGACCUUGUUCUCCAAGUCUAACUUGCAGAAGACGCCACUCUCCCAGUCCAUGUCCGUCCUGCCGACUUCAGGUUCAGGCAGAGUGCUGCUGCGCCCCGGGGACUUCCCGUCCCGGUGGGGCGACGAGGAAGAAGAGGAGGAUGAGUCCUCCUCCUCCGCCUCGGACGCCGCGGCUCACAAGAGAACGGCGAGCACGGAUCUGAAGCAGCCCAACCCGGUGGGCUUCACCCUCCCCAAGAAGGAGGGCCUCUCCUUUCUCGGCGGCCUCCGGUCUAAGAGCGACGUGCUUUCCCGCUCUAGCGUGUGCAUCAACGGGAACCACGUCUACCUGGAGCAGCCGGAAGCCAAGAGCGAGACCAAGGACAGCAGCCUGUCCCCCUCCCCGUCCCCGCAGGCCUUCAGGAAGAAGCAUCUGUUCUCAUCCGUGGAAAACCUGGCCGUCCAGUCUUGGAAGGAGCCUGGGGAAGGAGUCGAAGUGCCUCCUGACAGGCGGCUGUCCGGGUCCCCCGCCAAGGAUGCUCUGAAGUCCCUGUCUCUGCCAGCCUACCGGCCGGCCGGCAAAGACACCAGGGAAAACACAGCCCUGGCGAACCCGGAGGCCGCCAGAGAGAGCAAGAAGCCGGAGAACAAGAAGUCCUCUUUGCUUUCCCUGGUGACAGGGAAGAAGGACGUGGCUAAGGGCAGCGCCGACGGCGGCGGCGAAAGCCCCCCUGGUGGCCUGGGGAAGGAGAGGGGAGGCUCGCUCACGGAGGCCAGCGAGGACCGUGGGAGAAGAGCCGAGAAAGACACCAUGGCCGUUGUCUCCGGACGGGGUGACUCUCUGAACCCCUUCGAAGACGUGCAGAUCACAGAACCGGAAGCCGACCCGGAGUCCAGGUCUGAGCCAAAACCACCUGUCCCCGCGGCAAGGGCUCCCCAGACCAGAGCUGUCAAACCCCGACUGGACGUGUCUCCAGAGCCCCAGCCCACAGCCAGGCCCCCUCCUCACCCUCACUCUCCUCCUCCUCUUCCUGCUUCCCGCUCUGGUUCUGGCCGGGCACCUGUCCCCUCUGAUUCGGAGCGUGGUUCAGAGGCACGGUCCUCUGAGAGUCCUUCUGCCGCCUCCUCUCUCUCCUCCCCCAUAGCAGCGCCCAUUGCCACGUCCACUCCAGUCGAGAGCUGGCCUCCCGCAGACAAGGGCCCGGCCAGGUCUGGAGAGCCGCCCCCGCUCCUUGGGGCAGAGUUGCAGAAGGAGAAUUUAGCACCAGCCCCGAAGAAUGCCGUUUCUUCUGCCCUGGGGUCACUUUGGGGACAGCCGCCCGUUCCGCCCCGGACGCCCCCAGAGACAGGCACGGAGAGCAGCAGCAGGGGCGGAUCCGAGGAGCCUCUUCGGGAGCAGCCUAAAACGGGGCGACAAGAAGGGCUUCUGAGGCCCCCGCGCACAGAACGAGACCACUCCCCACCUGAAGAGGCCCGGGAAGAAGAGGCGUCUGUCCUUCCACGGGGCGGUGGCAGAGUGGCGGGCCCGGCUGGGAGGCCCCCCCUGCCCGGGCCUUGGGUGGGGAACGAAGCUGGGGACGGUGGGGCGACUGCUUCAGUUACGGCAGCCGCCGUGCCCCCUCUUCACGCGGGAGAGGCGGCCCCCUGGUUUGACUCCGGGAUGGGCAAGUCUGCAGAGAGAGCGGACCUGAACGCCAGGGAGGGCCGAAAGAAAACCAAGAAGCACGUGUCGUUCUCCGAGCAGCUCCUGGACGAAGAGGAGGUGGCGAGGCCCGCUGGGGGCACAGAAGAGGGCGAGGGCUGUCCCCAGGAGCUGGCUGCUGCUGCUGCGGGGACAGCCGCUGGAACCGCAUCCGGCGGGGAGCCUGCUGGAGAUUCCCGCACAGAAGACACCGAGGGGGAACCCACUGCCGCCGCACCAGGGCCCCCGGCGGGUCCUGCCCUCCGCCCCUCCCACGAGGAGCGCCUCUCCCAGGGCCCCGAGAGCCCAGCGGGAGACACCCUGCCCUUCAGGGUGUGGGCAGAGGAUGCCCUGCCGGCCCAGCGCCAGAGCAAAGCCAGUGACCACGAAGGGCUGCUGUCUGACCCCCUGGGGGACCUCCGGUCAGCCCCCGAUGUUCCAUUUCCCACCACGGCUGACCUGAACUUGACCCUUCCUUCCAUCCCCGAGGUCGCAUCGGAUGAUGAAAGAAUAGACCAGGUGGAAGAGGACAGAAAGACAGCAAAGGUGGCCACUGCGUCCUGGAGCACCGGCGUGGGGGCGGGCGGGCGGGCGCCUGCAGAGAGCCCGCCCAGGGACUUCAGGCCGAAAGCGCCCGGAGCGUCCGUGGCAGCCCCUUCGGGACAGGCCGCGGCUUUAGGAAUCCAGAAGCCACACCUUGGCCAGAGCCCCAGUUCGGAGGCACAGCUGCCAGGCCCCGGCGGUGGCGAGGGAGAAAACCCGAAGGGAAGCGGGAGUCUUAGUCAGCGUCCUGGCACGUCCCUGGCCUCUCCCCUCCCCAGCCCCUCCCUCUCUGAGCCCUUUCUCUCCACGCUCUCUGUCCCCGGCUCUCCACAUUCUGACACCCAGCACGCCAGUGCAGCAGAAUCUCAAAAAAAAGCAACAGCAGAGGGCUCGGCGGGGAAAGGUGAACAUUUUGGCAAGAGGAAGCCACUCCUCCAGGCCUGGGUCUCACCCUCAGAGACACAUCCAGUCUCAGCUCAGCCGGGCGCUGGCCCCGGGCCGGCCAAGCACAGACCUCAUCCUGUGAAGCCCAUGAACACAACGGCCACCAAGAUUGCUAACUCCAGCUUGGGAACUGCCACCAUUAUCAGUGAGAACAUGAUCAACGAAGCCAUGAUGAAGAAGUACAGCCCCUCAGACCCUGCUUUUGCCUACGCGCAGCUGACCCGCGACGAGCUCGUCCAGCUGGUCCUGAAGCAGAAGGAGACCAUCGGCAGGAAGGAGCUGCAGGUGCGGGAGCUGGAGGACUACAUCGACAACCUGCUGGUCAGGGUCAUGGAGGAGACGCCCAACAUCCUCCGCGUCCCGGGCCAGGUCGGCAAAAAAGCGGGGAAGAUGUAAAUCGCCGGAGGAGCAAAACAGGCGUGCUUUCUGUGGGUUUGUUUCCGCCCGCUCCCGAGGUCGAGAGCCGACCAACCUGCCGGGCUCCGGGUCGCCGGCUCCCCCGCGAGUUAUCUGGCCAGAGUCAACUCCACCCACUGAAGCCAGGUUAAUGAUUACAGUGAAUCUUCCGCUGUGUGUUCCCACGCCUGUAACUUUUAAACGCCGCUGUGCCUUUACCUGGGUUUGUAGAUGUUUCAUGCCCACCAGAGAUGUGGUCAUCGGGUCUGACCCUGAGCCCCAGACUGGGUGGCACAAGGAGGUAUUAAUGCGUUUUAACACUAGGGCUUUCUUUCCUUCUUGUGGAGACUUUUUUCCAAUGCAUAUCCUCCGGUCAUCAAAGCUUCGGGUGAAAUGAGAAGAGGACCCUGCAGUCGGUGCUGUGUUACGCAUCCUUUCUUGGCUUUUGAGUAGCUCAGGUGUGCUUCUGGCUGCAGAUGCUAAAUUUUGAUACCAUAUAAACCUACCCAGGUUCUCAGACUUGAGUCUUAUUUUUUUUUUUUUGAUGGGAACAGAGGCAUUUAGGGAAAGCCUCUGGGCGUGCCUUCUAGAUGUCGAGCAAGCUGCCUUUUUUCUAAACGUGUGAACUUCUAUUCUCGAGCCUUAAAAUGUGCCCUUUAGACCUGUGGGGCCAUUCUGCUGGAGACAGGAAAAGCACAACACAGGAAUUAGGAGAAUUACUCUUUACUCUGUGAUGGGAGUUGGUCAGAGUCCCUCCCUUGGUGGCAGCAGGGUUCCUGCUGGCUUGACUUGCCUGUUCGUGCCUUGAUCGGGGUUGGUGACCCCGGCACCCACUGCCACCUGGUACAGAGUGACGUUUGUCAGUGGGAUUCCUUUGGCCACCCUCCUCUCCCCCUGUGCCUUUGCUCGGCUGGUUUCCUUGGCAACACUUCCUGGGGAGAGACAGGGUCCACCAGGUCCUCAAGCUGAAGAAGCCCCUUCCUUGUGCAGGGGACAGAGACCCACAGUCUUGGGCCACGAAGGGCUUCAGCUGUGUCCCUGUGUCUGUCCUUCGAAUACCUCCUGCCCCUGCCCAAAAGGAAACCCAAGUUACUUCUGGGAUACUGGGGGAGUUGCAGUGAGGGGCUCAGUGCAGUUAAUCAAACUUAAAAGCCAAUAGAAAGAAGAAAUGCCUCGGCCUCUAAACUGUUGUUUCUUUUUCCUUUUCCUUCACGAAUACACUCACAGGCAUUUUACCUCCUUGUUAUAAAAUUGUGAGGAGCAAGAAGAUGAUAUUUUUUGCAGUGCUGUAUUUUCAAAACCAGAUUAAUAGACAUAUACUUUUUAAACUAGGGUACUUGACCCCUUCUUAACUGAAACCACCAGUUCAGAUUCUUCGGGUAAAUUCAUUGUUACUCACCUAAUAUUGGAACUGGAAUAUUUCUGCAUUGCUCAUUUUUUCCUCCUGGCUGUGAUAGAAUCUUAGCAAAUCUCGUGCUCUCUCCUAGGGGAAGACUGUCACAGGCCCAUGGCCUGGGCAGGGGUUGAGAUGAUAGCAGUGAUUAAAUUGGGACUGUCUUCUGUGUGUGUUCUUGUUAUAUUGAGGGUAAGAGGCAAGAUUACCGGCAGCAGGAUCCCUUCUCAGGCUCCUGUCUGCUGCAACAUUGGUCAUUUUGGAGCACUUUAAUCUGAAGGAUGAUACUGUAACUUGAUUUAUCUAAUUAGCUUUUAAUUAUCUACAGCUAUUUUAUUUUAUUUAAUUCCUCCUCCUACGAUACUGGGGACCACUGUAAACUUCUCAGACGACUUGUAUUUUUGUAGUGCUAUGAAAUUUAUUUACAAACUUAUAAAAAAAACCCGUAUAUUCACUUGAA